AUCCGCUCCUCACCUGCAGGAACAAACAGCCUUAUCUCAGGGUGCCAUCUAAGUAACGUCUCUGGGACUCAGCAGGGAUUCCGGCUGUGCUGUGGAAGUGUGGAGAGCAGCUUUGGUUAUCAAUGGGGAAAUUAGACUUAUGGAGGUGACAGAGACAGAAUACAAAUAAUGUUUUUACCUGCACAAUGGAAACACUGCAGAAGGUGGUCGGAUCAAGUUCUCAGCCCAUUAGUGGCCCAAAUAAGGAGGUUUGUGGCUACACUGGGGGCCAGGGGUCCCCUACACCAGGGGAAACAGCCAGCCCCCCAAAUUAUUUUCAGCAGAGUCCAUCGUUACCCACCUCCGGAUUAACUGAAUUCAACAGUGCCAACUCUACAAACUGGGAUCCACGUCCAAAUCAGCCUUUGGAACUACCAGGCACCAGAGAUACUGCAUUCACCGCCAGUGCUCCUCCAAAGAAGUACAUGGGUGUGAGGGUCAAAAUGCCAGUGCGCGAAUUGCUGAAGAAAAUACGGCUCUCCAAAGGAAUUGAUUCAAACAGCAGCAAAGAGACCUCAGUAAAAGCAGAAACCAAAGCGACUCUGGCAAGACCAGGGGAAAAAAGAGUCACUUCACAGAAGUGUUACCAGUCGAAAAGGUAUAAUUCCCCGAUAGAUAUGAAAAGCAUGGAGGACCUAGAUAUUCUGGUGGAAGUUCUUGAGGAAGACCUGAGCAACAGCCAUUCCCAGCUAGAACUACGGGUGCCUCAGUCUCAUUGGGAUCAUGCGCACCCGCGAUUUCAGCCUCACUGGUGGGAAACUGAGAACAACCAACAGCCAGACGGAAACCACUCAGGGAACAGUUGGGAUUCUACCAAAUUCCAUCAACCUUGUUCGUUACCAGAUUCUGGUGUAUUUUGGCAUGGAUGGUCCAAACAUCUGGAUGGUUUUGACGACAGAGUGAUGAAGCUGCAUCUGGAUCCUUUCACAGUGCAGCCACACUCACACGUGGAAGCAAGACAACACGUGCAAGGGCACAAUCCUUUCCCAAAGUCUAUGGGGACUUUCCAAGGUUUUGCUGAAGGGUUUGGGCAUCACUGCCGCAAUCUGCCAGAAGAUAUUGAGUUGGACCCUCUGGAAAACGAUUCCACUGCUUUGCAAGGUGGGGGACAGUUGAAGCCAAACUGUGGGGCUUUAGCAGGGCAGGACACCUCAAAUAUUUCUUUGUUCCACUUCCAACUCUACCAAGAGGAGAGCCGGCUAAGGAGAAUCCCACAGGAGAGGUUGUUUGAGUCAGAUACAAACGGGAGCAGCCUACUGCACAAGGCCGUGGCACAAGGCAAGAGAGCGCUGGCAUGUGCCCUGGCUUGGAGACUGGCCCUACAGGACAGAAUUGACCAGGAGGAUGCACGGAGGCAGACGGCACUGCAUGUAGCAGCUCAAAGGAACUACCACCUUAUAGUCAGCGACCUGGUAUCCCUGGGAGCGAACGCCAACAAGAGGGAUGAGUCCGGGAAGACUCCGUUGCACCUGUGUGCAGAAAGGGGCUACCCCAGAGUUCUGGAAGUCUUGAAAAAUUGUCAGAGAGCAGGCACUCGUUUAGAAGUGGACGCAACUGACAACAAGGGUUUAACGCCUUUGCAGAGUGCAGCUGUAGCUCAUUCUGCCAUCGUGGUGAACCUGGAAAAGAGCAGCCUCGGUCCCGAAGUCUGGACGCUUCUGACCCUGCGGAAGGAUCAGCUCCAAUGCGGAAUGGCCUGCCUGCUGGAGAUGGGAGCUGACCCUGGGGGGCAGGAGACAAAAUCGCCAAGCCAGUCUUCAAAUUAUGCUGCAAAGGUCCAAGAAAAUAGCAAGCUGAUGUCUUUUCUUGAUGUUCAAAGGCCCCAAUGGCAAGAGGAUUCUGCCACCGUUCCUGGACCAGAUGGAAAGGCUCUUUCCUGUUUACAAGGAGUUCCAGAGCUGCCCCUGCCUUCAUUUGCAGGCAUCUUUCAAGAUUUUCCUGAAGGCAUCUUGUAAGUGGGAGUAUCUCAGCUAGCAUGGACUUGUGAAACAAUAAUCCGCAACAUAGCUGAUGUGUAUUGUCGAAGACUUUCA